UACAGCUGCUCCACAUACACACACACACACACACACACACACACACACACACACACGCAGACCUACAGCCAGUCUGCCGGGGUUGCUUCUUCGACAGUGUUCCCAGCCUGCAAGGAUCUUGGUGAAACACGUUCCCGUUUCGUUUCAGAGGAUCCGCUUGGAGUGAGUCCGGACCUCAGCGUGACUGUGACUGUGAGAGUUUGUGUUGUUGCAGACCUGUUAGGACGGAGCGCUCAACACCAUGGCUGCCACUCUCAGCGUGCUCUUCUUCUUCCUUUAUAUCUUCAGUGCUUCAGCGCUGGAAUCACCCUCCGACCAAGUCCACCGACAGAGACACCCACACUUCACCAGCUGUGCCUCUGCCAACAUGGAGACUUUCCACUGCAGAUGGAAUGUCGGCACUUUCCAGAACCUCUCCAAGCCAGGAGAUCUCCGCUUAUUUUACAUUAACAAAAAACACCCUCAUGCCCCGCCUAAAGAUUGGACUGAGUGUCCUCAGUACAGCACGGACAGGCAAAAUGAGUGCUUCUUCAAUGAGAAUCACACAUUCAUCUGGACAUUUUACAGUGUCCAGCUCCGCUCAAGGGAUCAAGCAGUCCUCUAUGAUGAGAAGCUCUUCAACGUUCAAGACAUUGUGCAACCAGAUCCUCCUUACAGCCUAAACUGGACGCUGCUGAACGUGAGUUUGACGGGCACUUACUAUGACAUCAUGCUGAGCUGGAAGCCGCCUCAGUCCGCAGAUGUGGAAUCAGGGUGGAUGAAGCUGCAGUAUGAGGUCCAGUACCGUGACAUCAGCUCUGACCUGUGGGAAGUGGUCGACCUUGUGCAAAGCACCCAUCGCUCCAUUUAUGGCCUUCAAACUAACACCAACCAUGAGGUUCGGGUCCGGUGCAAAAUGUUUGGUGGGAAAGAGUUUGGAGAGUUUGGCGACUCUGUGUUCAUCCACAUCCCAUCCAAAGUGUCUAGGUUCCCUAUCGUGGCCUGGCUCAUCUUUGGCGCCUUGUGUUUAGUGGCCAUCCUGAUGUUAGUCAUCAUAUCACAGCAGGAAAAGUUGAUGGUUAUUCUUUUGCCUCCUGUUCCUGGACCUAAAAUAAGAGGAAUUGAUCCUGAACUGCUCAAGACAGGAAAGCUGAGGGAGCUGACAUCUAUCCUGGGUGGGCCACGUGAUCUGAGGCCAGAGCUGUACAACAAUGACCCCUGGGUGGAAUUCAUUGAUCUGGACAUUGAGGAGCAAAGCAAAACAAUAGACCUGGACACGGACUGUCUCAUGCAUCGCUCCCUCUCCUCCAACUGCACUCCCCUCUCCAUCGGCUUCAGAGACAACGACUCGGGACGGGCCAGCUGCUGCGACCCAGAUCUCCCCGGCGACCCAGAAGCAUCACCUUUCCAUCCUCUCACCCCAACUCAAACCUUCAGUGAGGAAGCAUCAUGCCCAACAGCCUGUGAGUCAAGCCUCCCAGGCCAGAGCCCCACCAAUGAGGAGCCUCCUUUUGUAGCACUGGGCAGAGAGGCGUUGUACACCCAGGUGAGUGAGGUGAGGUCUUCUGGCAAGGUGCUGCUCUCACCUGAAGAACAGACUGAGGUGGAGAAAACCACGAGCAAAGACACAGAGAAAGACGUCAUGGCAGAGAAGGAGAAAGAAAGGAAAGAGUUCCAACUCCUGGUGGUGAAUCCAGAUCAUGGGGGUUACACCUCAGAGCUCAAUGCAGGAAAAAUGAGCCCAAGAGAAAUGAAUGAACCCUGCCAGACAGUAAGAGACUUGAGUUCUUCACUACCUUCGUCACCUUACCAUGAAUCAGAUGCCAUCCCUGUGUCCUCUCUUCCCCCGGCUCCUGUCUACACCGUGGUAGAGAGUGUUGACAGGCAGAACAGCCUCUUAUUGACACCGAACUCGACACCUGCCCCCCAGCUGAUAAUUCCAAAGACUAUGCCAACACCAGACGGCUACUUGACGCCUAACCUUUUGGGAAGCAUCACACCAUAGAUCAGCAAUGAACUGCGCAAAGUUAAGACUAUUAAAUCAAAGGCAGAGAUAAGGUUGGGAACAGUCUUGGAUAUUGACUAUUGAGGGUACCAAGGUUUAGUGUUGAAUGUCAGCUCUCCUAAAAUAGUUGGGGGGGACAUCUGCGCCUGUCCUGCCUACCACCUCUAACUCCUCUUUGCCUCCCGCUGCUUCCUCUGACAGGACUGUACAGUCGAUAUGGUCGGAAGUUUGUCAUGAGGGAAGAAGAACACACAAGAAUGUGUUUUACUGCAGUUGUGGAAAAGGAACCGUUCAAAGGGAAAUAACACAAGCUGGGAAGGGAAGUUGCCUCAAACUCCAAAACAGAACUCAAACUAUCUUUGCUAAAGCUGCAUUGGUCAUUUUUUGGACACUCGAAGACACAGAACCCUAGCACAUUAAAUAUGAAACUGUUUUGGCAUAUGCUUUCAGAAACAGUUGCUUUUUGCAUAUCAAACCAUCAUUUGUUUGGAGUUAUGUUCCGUCCAACAUGUUUGUUUCAGCCAUGUGAACAUGAAAUUGUCGAGUAAACACAGGUGUUACCAAUGAUACAUUCAAUUGUACUUCUACAUAUACUUUAUUGCUAACAUUUUGUACAUAUCAAAAACCUUUUGAUAAAUUCAGGUCAUAUGUAUAAUUAAUAUGCUGUUUCAAAAAUAUAUGUUAAACAUACUCGCCCUCUCUUUAUGAAUCCAACAUUUUUAAUGCCUUCCAUUAUGUUUGCAUUCCUUUUCAGGCUUUAAGAUCAAUAUUUCCACAAUGAAAAUGAUAACCAUAACCAUAAAUAACCAAUUGCUUUUUCUUUUCUUUUUUUUUUUAAUACUCAGGCUUAUUGGAGUUUACAGUAUAUAUCAUGUUAAAUUCAAAAAAUCAAAUAAAGCAUAUGUUGUAUGUAAAAGGAUCAACUGGCGCAUAAAAUAUUAGAUGCUUGUCUCACUUUCUUAAUUCAUGUUUGAAGCUGUGAAAUGUUUUCUGAGCUGACACAAAAUAAUUCAGUUUGUUAUGAUCAUGCUCAGUAAUAUAUGUUUUUUAGCUAAUGGACUAUAAAGUUUUUUGUUUUUUUCGGUGUCUGGUUAAAUGUGCAUUGAAUUGAAACUGAAAUUUGGGGGUACAUGGCCAUCAGUGUUGAAUUUGUACAGUUAUUGCAUUUUAACUGUUCAAAAGUGUUACAAAUAAAAAUAAAAACUUUCAUACUUUG